UCCCGCAGGAGGAUGUGAAUUGUUUGUUUUCUGCUCAGAUGAAUUAAAGGCGGUGGUUACCAUGACGACAGACAAAGCAAAUAGUGGACAGAAGAAGCAGGUCUGUGAGCAGCAACAAGAAGAUGGAGAGGUUGGCGUGCAAGAGCCAGAGUCUAUUGAAGCCCUUCAGGAUGGCCCGUCUGGCUCACCACUGCCUCCUGGAGGCUCAGAAGAGGGACAGCAGCUGAAAUCACGCCAGCACACCUCAGCUGGACGUGGCCUCUCACGCCUGUUCUCCUCUUUCCUGAAGCGUCGUUCACAGUGCUCAGAGGAUGAGGGGGUAAAGGUGGAAGGAGGCCAAGAGAAAGAGAGCCACCUGGACUCCAAAGCUCCUAUCGCAGACCCUGAACCUGAGCUACGCAAUGAAGGAGAUGCAGCACUAGACCUGCACUCCAUUAGCAGCUCUGAGAACCAGGUCAGAGUGGACCAAAAAGACAUGAUAGAGGGUGAUGAAGGUGGAUCGAAGGUGGAGAAACCGGAAAAGAAAGAAAAGAGGCGAAAGAAAGAGGAGUUGAAUAAAAACCGAGACAAGAAAAAGAAAUUAGAGAAAGCAAAACAUGCGGAGAAAAAAGACAAGAAAGAGAAGAGGAACAAGGACAAGAUAAAGAAAGAGAAGGAGAAUGAAAUAGAAGAAGAAAAAGAGGUAGGGGAGCAGCCCAAGCCUGGGGAAGACGAGACAGAAGCAGCAGGCUCAGGGACGUUAGAGGGAGACGGAGAACGAGGGAGAAAGGAGAAGACUGUUGAGGAAGAAGUAAAAGCUGUUAAAGGUCAGCGCAGACCCAGGAUCAUGCACUGCAAAGUCACACUGCUGGAUGACACACUUUUUGAGUGUGAACUGGAUAAACACGCCAAAGGCCAGGAGCUGUUUGCAAAAGUAUGUGACCACCUGAAUCUGUUGGAAAAGGACUAUUAUGGUCUUGCCGUGUGGGAGACACCAACCAUUAAGACAUGGCUUGACUUCACAAAGGAGAUUCGAAGGCAAGUGCGAGGAAUCAGCUACGAUUUUACAUUCGGUGUCAAGUUUUACCCACCCGAUCCAGCCCAGUUAUCUGAGGACAUCACCAGGUAUUAUGUGUGUCUCCAGCUGCGUAAAGACAUCAUGAGUGGCCGUUUGCCCUGCUCAUUUGUCACUCUGACAGUGCUGGGCUCAUAUGCACUGCAGUCUGAACUGGGGGAGUACGACCCAGAGGUCCAUCGAACAGACUACGCCAAGGAGCUCAGACUUAUCCCCAACCAGACAAAGGAACUGGAGGACAAAGUCAUGGAGCUCCAUCGCACCUACAGAUCCAUGAGUCCUGCUCAAGCUGACAUGAUGUUCCUGGAGAAUGCUAAAAAGCUUUCUAUGUAUGGUGUAGAUCUGCACCAGGCGAAGGAUCUGAAUGGGGUGGAUAUCAUGCUGGGUGUCUGCUCCAGCGGUCUCAUGGUUUAUAAAGACAAGCUGAGGAUUAAUCGUUUUCCAUGGCCAAAAGUUCUGAAAGUUUCUUACAAACGUAGCAGCUUUUUCAUCAAGAUACGGCCGUCUGAGCUGGAGCAUUAUGAGAGUGCCAUUGGCUUCAAGCUCCCCAGUUACAACGCUUCUAAGAAGCUUUGGAAAGUGUGUGUAGAACACCACACCUUUUUCAGGUUGACAUCUACUGAAGCUGCCACCACACCAAGAAAACUCCUGGCCCUGGGCUCCAAGUUCAGGUAUAGUGGGCGUACUCAGGCUCAAACACGGCAGGCUAGCUCCAUGAUCAACCGCCCUGCACCUCACUUCAAGCGCUUUGCCAGUAAGAUGGCCUCUCACAGCUUAGACGGAGCCAUGGUGUCCACAUUAAAUAAGACGGCGCGUCCUGUUAGUGCUCCAAUCAUGUCUCCUAUCUCCAUUGGCGAUCCAGCUCCUUCUUCUAUGGUGACAUCGGCCAUACAGGUGGAGCACAAAGACUUGGUGACACCCACAAGUCCACCAUCUCACUCUGGAGAGAACAAGGUUGAGGUAAAGGCAGAGAGCUCUAGGAGUGGGACCGUCAAAAUGCAAAGUGUUGCACUUGAGGACACAUCUGAGUUCAAGAUGGUUGUCCGACGUGAGUGGAGGCAACAUGAUGCCCUGGCAGUGACGACCACUAAUGGGGAGAAAACGAGUCAGAAAAGAGCUAAGAAAAUCGAGGGUGAAACUCUCUAUACCAGACAUAGCAAUUUAAUGUUGGAGGAUCUGGAUAAGACUCAGUCAGGGAUUAUGCGUCACCACAGCAGUAUCAGCGAGCUCAAGCGCAGCUUCAUGGAGUCCGUCCCAGCGCCGCGGCCCAGUGAGUGGGACAAGCGUCUGUCCACACACUCACCUUUUCGCACAGCCAGCAUCAAUGGCCAGAUGCAGCCUGAUGUGGCUCCUGUAAUGAAGAUGCACACGAUCACUGUUUCUGAUGUGACCAACUCCCCGAUCGGUGAAACCGCCGCCAAGGAGGGUCCGAUAGUGCACACUGAGACAAAGACCAUUACAUAUGAAUCUGCUCAACCUGAUGAGAAUGUCGGGAUGCUGCUCAAUGCACAAACCAUUACCUCAGAGACUUUGAGCACUACAACCACGACGCAGAUCACAAAGAUGGUGAAAGGAGGAAUCUCAGAAACCCGAAUUGAGAAGAGGAUCGUAAUCACUGGUGACUCUGAAAUUGACCAUGAUAAGGCUUUGGCUCAGGCAAUAAAAGAAGCAAAGGAACAGCACCCAGACAUGUCUGUUACUAAAGUAGUAGUGCAUCAGGAAACUGAGAUCACUCCAGAGUAA